AUGGGGGUCCCCCUGGAAGAGGAGGCCAUGGCAGGGAGGUGGCAGUGUCUCCCCCUCAACAGGAUGAAGGCUCCGUCUCUGCUCCUCUUUGUCCUCUCUGUCCUGGCUCUGUUGGUGUCCAGUGAGUCUCUGUGCCCCGUGGAAGAUGCCAUCAAUCAGAAGAUAAAGGAUGCUGUCACACCGCAAAUUUCAAUGGCGCUCAAGGGCAUUGGACUGGAUUGUAGGACUGUGAAAUCCAGUGGGAACCUGGCUUCCUGCCCUGCAGGUCAUGUUGUCACGGGAUGCGCGUGUGGCAUGGGCUGUGGCUCGUGGGAUGUGCGUGCCGGGAACACGUGCCACUGUCAGUGCGGGGGCAUGGACUGGACCGCAGCGCGCUGCUGCCACCUGAGGGGCACGGCUUGAGGUCGUUUGAGCGGAAAGGGGGCUCAGGGAUGGGUGGCGCAAACUUGGAGGCUGGAAAUAAACCAAAUGAUGAUGA